CAACCUGCCUCUUCUUCUCAUCCGUCCUACCAAACUUUAUUGAAUUCUUCUCAAGUACGGCCAUUUGAGAUGGCCGAUUUCUGGGCCGGGCAAUCCGGCUUUCUCUCCUCGUACAUGUCUACUCACCCUGAUACCCUGGUCGCCUAUGCAAAAUGGUACGGUAAGGUGAAAGAGCCUAUAACAAGCGCGUCUAUGGUGUCCAUCAAUUCCGAGAAUAUGACUCUGUCGUGCACUCUGGAGCUCAAGCUCGCCUUCGAUCCGCCACUCGCGACGAGCAAAGACGUUAAAUCGCGCCUCAUUGAGAUGGCCGCUAUCUCCAAGGAGGGCUUGGGCAUGCUCAAGUCACCCCAGAUAGACUCGUUUCGUUUCCCGAAACUCCGCGCGCUGACCACGAGUCUCCUGGUCUGCGCCGUCCUUCCGUUCGGAGCAUUUGCAGAUCGUUUGUCCCCCUCGUCGCUCUUAAGCGUGCCUGCUCGAUGGCUGUACUCGAUGGUCACGCCCAGGGCUUGGAAAAUCAUGUUGGCCCUUACGACCGGGAUACAUGUCAUUGAGAGCCUGUACAUGCUGCGAUUGUGCAGGAAGCACCGCUCCGGAGCCCGCACGACUUCCGCAUACAUGAUCGGCACCGUAUUCCUCGGUGCGCCCAUGUGGCAAGAUUUCUCGCAAAGGGUCCAGCGGGCGCGGAUAGAUUCUGUCAAGAGUGUUGUGCGACUGGCGUAGUUCCCAACUUGGCUGUUGAUCAGACAGUGGGACACACGUCCAGAUGACCGUCGAUGAUCGACCUUUUCUGGAGAGUCUGGUUAAUGCGUGGAGUAAGACGGGUAUUUUUGGGGCUGGUGCAUCAUCCAUCACUCGACUGGCACCAUAAUCACAUAAUAUCCAUUCUGUAUCACUCAGAUUUGUCUUACACGGUCGACGUCGAACGUGGAAAACAAGACACUUGCCCCUCGGACUCCGCAAUCUAGUGACUCGCCCGUAGCGUUUCUCUCAUCUCGUCUCAUUCGCCCGCCAGAUCGCGUGCUGAUAGCGAAAUUCAAAUGAUCAGGCGAGGCCGCCUUGCGGUUGUAGAUAAGUCGACAAGCAGGCAUCUGUCACCCUCAUCCGUCCUCCACACGCUGUAACCUCCUCCCCACAAUGGUGGCUGCUCCCUUUUCUCCGCUCGGCUCGCUCAGUGUCUACGAAUCGUUCGAUGAGACGCCGCACAUCGGCACCCGCUUCCCCAACAAAGCCGUGCAGCUCUCUCAGAUCCUUCGCGCACCCAACUCCGAUGAGCUCGUGAAGGACCUGGCCACCCUCGUGUCCUACCGCGGCGUUGUGUUCUUCUCAGACCAGGACCUCACCAUCGACGAGCAGAAGGCGCUCGGGCAACGUCUGGGCCAGCUUGCAGGGAAACCACCGACAUCUACACUCCACGUGCAUCCCAUCUCGGAGGACACGCCUGAGCUGACGAAGGAUGUGUCUGUGAUUAGCUCCGAAGGGGGCAUCGCGCGUAGUGGAUACUCGAGCACUGUGCGUGCGAGCAAUGGAUGGCACACGGACAUCACCUUCGAGCCUGUCCCAUCUGACUAUGCGAUCUUGAAGCUGCACACUGUGCCCUCCGGUGCGCUUUCCACUCGAGAUCCUGUUUUCGAAACUAAUCGAUCUGAAGUUGGUGGCGACACACUGGUGCGUAUUCUGUGUGACUCUCCAAGUCGACAGUCUGCAAUUGAACGGACGAUAACGACAUCUACUAGUGGGCAAGGUCACGGCUACGAAGCGUACGACAAGUUGUCUCCUGCGUACCAGAAGUUCCUCGAGGGUCUGACAGCACUGCAUGAUGGUGCUGGCUUCAAAAGGUAUGCAGAGCGGGUCGGCCGCCCCAUCAAUGAGCCCCGCGGAUCUCCCGAAAACAUCGGCACAGAGUUGAAGGCAGUCCACCCCGUCAUCCGCACACAUCCUGUCACCGGGUGGAAAACCCUCUUCGUAAACAAGAGUUUCACCAAACGCAUCGUCGAGUUGCACGAGGAGGAAUCCGACACCACCCUCGAGUAUCUCAGGCGCCACGUCUCCGAGAACCAUGACAUGCAAGUGCGCUUCAAGUGGAAGAAGAACGACAUCGCUAUCUGGGACAAUCGAUGCACCUUCCAUACUGCCACGAACGAUUUUGCCGGAGUGCGGACAGGCAAUCGGGUUGUCAGUAUUGGUGAAAAGCCGUUUUUCGAUCCUGCCUCCAAGUCUCGUCGGGCGACCCUCGACUUGUAGCUUCCAGUCCGCGCGACCCAUCCUUCUCGUUUUCAACGGAGAUUAUGAUUGACCCACAAACAACCCAUGUCCAUAUAUGCUAAGAGAUGAUGCUAUACAUUGAGAGAGCGACGAAGUGAGGAGUUCGGCAACGUAGCUGUACUCCUGCAAUGUCUCGUCGAUGAAUGCGAACCGCAGUGCAUCUGAGGACGCCCAAUUACCUGCCGAUGACGGCGCCUUAAUGUUCCGGAGGAAAGCGCCAGCGCAGAGAUAAUCUCGUCGUAAUAGAGUCCUGACCCUCCAACCUGGAUGCGGGGGUGGAAUCAGACCCCGAGCCCCAUCCAUUCACUCCCAGGGACUUCUAUGACUCUCUUGGCACCGCUCCGAACGCCGUCCUCGCCCGUGAGUCUCGAUUCGACGCACAGCGCUCGGGCGUCGUGCCCCGGGGCAUCAAGCGGCAGGCCGGCUGCGAUGAACGUGCUCCUCCGCACGAGAUGCGAAGCAGGCGCGUAUGCGGGUGGUGUCAGCGCGGAUCGGUGCGCGCGUCGCCAGAACGGAGAAGGGCGCACUGGCAGUGGGGUGUGAACAUGGCUUCAGUCGGUGUCGCGGAUGACUCACAUAGUGGGGGAGGAGGACGCACGAGUUCGCCCCCUCGCAUCGUCAUCCCGCCCUCCGCAACAUACGCAUACCCACCGUGCCCGGCAGUCACACUGCGUCGCGGGGUCUGCCUGCUGCCGAUCCCGUUGAUGCGGCUUGUGUCCGGUAUUAGACCAGGCGGAAACUGCUGCGGUCGGAAGAUAGCAUCGUCGACUGGGCUUCCGGUCCUUCGGAUUUCGACCUCCUCUCGUCGAAAAGAUGUUUGAGUGGGAGGUGCACUUUGCGAUCGCUGCGGCCGAUGCCUGUUUUGCGGGCUUUUCCAGGUAUUCAUGGGAGGGCUGAGCAAGGCUAUGUCACGCCUCAUUUGUUCUCUGCGAGCCGCAGACUCGUCUGGGAGCGGAGCGGAUUCAAGUGUGACCAUGAUGGGGGAUGGUGCACGAUUACGACGAGUAGCGAGGGGCGAGGGUGAGGACGAACGAACGAUGGAGGACACUAGAGAAGUCACCGAGGAGGAUGCGGCUUUCUGGUGUGCAUACAGGGGUAUUGGGGAGACGAGGACCGUGAGAUCGGCCAUUUUGAAGUAAUGAAUGGAGAGGGCGG